UAUGAUCAGCUGAAGCAUCUCUCACAAUAUUUCCGAAGCUGGUUUUAUUUUAUAUCAUUGAAGUUGAGAUUUUUGGAGGUGGUGUGGAUUUUCCGGAGUUUUUUUGAAUUUUUUUUUUUUUCUUUUUUCCUACUGGCAUGAGAAAAUUUGAGAAUUUAAUUGCAGUAGAAUACUUGGAAACAGUGAGGCUGGAAGCUUGAAAGGCAGAGGGAAAAGAAGGAAGGCUCUCACAGCAGAGCAUGGAUAGGAAAGGAGCUGUGAUUCUGCAGUGCUCAGUGUGCACAUGUUUUAUGAGAUCAGUGCCGGGCGCUGCAGCUGCGGACAGUAACUGAGCUGUCUGGCUAAUGAAGGCCACCUGGAUCAGGCUUCUGAAAAGAGCCAAAGGAGGACGUCUGAAGAAUUCUGAUAUCUGUGGUUCGGCGGACUCCUACACCAGCCGUCCAUCUGAUUCAGAUGUAUCUCUGGAAGAAGACAGGGAAGCAGUGCGGAGAGAGGCAGAGCGACAGGCCCAGGCACAGCUGGAAAAAGCCAAGUCAAAACCAGUUGCAUUUGCAGUUCGUACAAAUGUUGGGUACAGUGCAGCUCAUGAAGAUGAUGUUCCAGUCCCAGGCAUGGCCAUCUCAUUUGAGGCUAAAGAUUUUCUUCAUGUUAAAGAAAAAUUUAAUAAUGACUGGUGGAUAGGACGAUUGGUAAAAGAAGGCUGUGAAAUAGGAUUCAUACCAAGCCCAGUCAAACUAGAAAACAUGAGGCUGCAGCAUGAACAAAAGGCAAAACAAGGAAAAUUCUACUCCAGUAAAUCAGGAGGAAACUCUUCAUCCAGUUUGGGUGACAUCGUUCCUAGUUCCAGAAAAUCGACGCCUCCAUCAUCUGCUGUAGACAUAGAUGCCACUGGCUUAGAUGCAGAAGAAAAUGAUAUUCCAGCAAACCAUCGCUCCCCCAAACCCAGUGCAAACAGUGUAACAUCACCCCACUCCAAAGAGAAAAGAAUGCCCUUCUUUAAGAAGACAGAGCACAUCCCUCCCUAUGAUGUAGUGCCUUCUAUGCGACCAGUAGUUUUAGUGGGGCCUUCUCUGAAGGGAUAUGAGGUAACAGAUAUGAUGCAAAAAGCAUUAUUUGAUUUUUUAAAACAUAGAUUCGAAGGGCGUAUAUCAAUUACACGAGUCACAGCAGACAUCUCGCUUGCCAAACGCUCAGUAUUAAACAAUCCCAGUAAGCAUGCGAUAAUAGAGCGAUCUAACACGAGAUCAAGCCUAGCUGAAGUUCAAAGUGAAAUUGAGCGGAUUUUUGAAUUAGCCAGGACACUGCAGUUGGUAGUGCUUGAUGCUGAUACCAUUAACCACCCAGCUCAACUGAGCAAAACCUCUCUGGCUCCCAUUAUAGUAUACGUAAAGAUUUCUUCUCCUAAGGUUUUACAGAGGUUGAUAAAAUCUCGGGGGAAAUCUCAGGCCAAACACCUUAAUGUUCAGAUGGUGGCAGCUGAUAAACUGGCACAGUGUCCUCCUGAAAUGUUCGAUGUAAUUCUUGAUGAGAACCAGCUUGAAGAUGCUUGUGAGCACCUUGCUGACUAUCUGGAAGCCUACUGGAAGGCCACACAUCCACCUAGCAGCAAUCCUCCUAACCAGCUUCUCACUCGCACACUUGCAACAGCCACUCUUCCUAUUAGCCCAGGUCCAAAUAUUAAUUUACAGCAGGGAUCUCAAGGAGACCAGAGGAAUGACCAUUCGGUCCCUGAGCGCAGCGGUUCCCACAUUGAAGAGGAAGCACGGGUCGAGCCCAUCAAGAAAUCGCAGCACCGCUCUUCCUCCAGCCAGCACCACAACCAUCGCAGUGGUGUCAGAGGCCUUCACAGGCAAGAAACUUUUGACUCAGAAACACAAGACAGCAGAGAUUCAGCUUAUGUAGAGCCAAAGGAGGACUACUCACAUGAGCAUGGUGACCACUAUGAUUCUCACAGGGAUCAUAAUCACAGAGACGAGUCCCACGGGAUCAGUGAACACAGACACAGAGAAUCCCGGCAUCGCUCAAAGGAGAGGGACCGCGAGCAGGACCACAAUGAAUGCAACAAGCAGCGCAGUCGUCAUAAAUCAAGGGACCAAUACUGUGACAAGGAUGGGGAAGUGAUAUCGAAAAAACGUAACGAUGCGGGAGAGUGGAACAGGGAUGUUUACAUCCGUCAGUAACUCUUGCCUCUGGCAGUCUUGUGUUUCUUUGAAGUCUUGUAACAAUGCCCCUUGAAAAUAUCUUGGGUUCUUCUUUGCAGAACAUAUGGUAUCCUUCUAUAUGCUGAUUUGUAUUGCUGUUGCUUGCAUAGCAAUAGCAUGAAAUAGAUUAUUCAUAUACUUUUAUUUUCAGUUAGUGCUAUAUGAAUUAGUGUAGUACAACUGAAGAGUUCCUGAUGUUGUACUAUGACAUUUUUCAAGCUGUUUUUGGUAGCUGCCACUUGAACAAUAUCUGUUGCCAUCAAGGUGUUGUUAGUGUUUUUUAAGAAAAAGGUACAUUUGAUGUUUAAUAACUUCCCAUGUAUUCAGCAAGCCAGGAUCAGCACAUAAAAAAAUCUAAAACUUUUUGUCUGCUCUGAUUUUUAAUUUGUAUGCACUUGAUUUGCAUAUUGAUUUAAGCACCACUCUGUUGCUUGUACCUCUGGUGGUCUCCGUAUGAAGACAGAAUUCAGUCUUGCCUUACACACAGGGGAUCAUGGAGUCAAAAUCUAUUUUCUAUGUACUGGUACUGUGUACUGUAUAUACAGUUUAUAAAUGUUAUUUCUGCAGACACCUUCUUACUAUAUAAGUUUGAUCACACUGUUUUAGAGUCCUAAUGCCAAGUCAGCAGAUUUGCUUUUGAAUUACUGGCAACUGGAACUAGCCUCACUUAGGAAAUCUGUAACAGUGUUCAACCUAAAUAUUUUUUCUUCUGUAGCAGAAAGCUUAUAUUUACUGUAAAUACGGAUGAGUGCUUGAGAUAAAGGGUGUAACUCUUAUACCAUAUGCUGUCCCUUGCAAACCAAAUUUUGCAUUUCAAAGUUAUGGUAAAGAUGAACUUACCACUAUAAAUUAUUCUUCUCUGUUCAGGUCAUUAUAUUGCAAUGGGCACAGCUUAAUUUUUGUUCUACUGUCAGUAAACAGAGCACACAUGUUGGAGGUGUGUAUGUGAGUGGGUGGGUGGUGGGUUGGCGUUUGUGUGCGUGUGCACGUUAGGCAGCAAACUGUGAGAAUCUACUGAAGAAAACAAAGGUUACUCAAAAGCCCAACAAGUCUAUUUCUACAUUCUGUCUCUUAAUUUAAAAAUCCAAAUUGCAUUCAGGGAAUGUGAGGGAAUUUACUGACCCAGGUAAUUGGGAAAGCAUAAAUCUGCUGGCUCUUCGUUGAGACUUCAGGAGAGUGAAAUCAGGCAAAUGUUACUGUGAGUUUCACUGGAAAUGUAAAAUCUUUGUGUUUUAGAGUGUUUGUUUUAGUAAGAAAAGUUUACACAGCUUGUGGAGAGUUAUUUUGUUGAAAAAAUAAAUUUUUGUAGCUUCUCCACUUUUUCUACACUUGCCAAUUCUCUGCAUUCCCACUCUGCAGCCAGCUCACUGCUUUUCCUUCACCAAAGCUGUUGUGCUGCUGAUGAGAACAUAGAAAAAAUGACUGUGACUCUGUUAGGAGCUUUCUAGAGAAAAUGCAUUGAAGUCAAAGGGAGUGAACACAGUUUGUUUUGCACUGAACAUCUGUUGCACUGGUAAGUGGGGGGAAAUUCGCUAUUAUUUUUGACUCCAGGUUCCAUACCCUUGCCUAGUGUAAAAGCUGUUCUGCAUCACAUGUAGUCUUUGUAGUACUUGUAUGAAUGAAAUACUUUUUGUAUUUCCCUGUAAAUAGCACAUUAUAUAAAGACUGUAGUGUGAUAAUAAUUAGUUUAGCUGGGAGUUCUUUUUAUUUAUUAUUUCAAUUCUGGGAAUAUCAGCAUUGCCUGAUUUUGAAUAUCAUUUUAGUGAAAUGGAUAAGAUAUAUGGCAGGUGCAUGCUUUCUCAGCAUCCUAGCCCAGCAUCCAAGAAAAUCCCUUAAACAUUCUCUUCCCUUCCUCUCCUAUCCCUCUCCCUGAUGCUUUAUAAGCAUUUUUUCACCAACCUAGGAAUGGGAAAUUCUGCUGUCAGUUUUCUGGCCAUUCCUCCCAGUGCUGCUGACUGUUGUGGUUAUUCAAGGGUAGGUUUUGGCUCAAAGCAUGAACUGUGGGAAACACAAGAAAAAAGGUUAUUUUUCUAGUAAUAAAAUUCUCAUCAAUUUUCUAAACAUCACUAAAUGGCUUUGUAGAGAAAGGAAGAAUAGGUAAGUAGAUCUGUUGUAUUACUAAAUGGAUAUAGAAGAAUACAUAAACUGGUUUUUGAUAUAAGAGAAUUUUCAGGGUAUCUGUAAAUUAUAUUAAAAGACUGUUGUUUGAAUCAUAUCAGAUCACUUGUAAGUGGGAAGAAAGUGAUACUGUCUUGCUCUGUAUAGCCUGGCUUGAGCUAAUUUACCAGCUGCAGUAAAUGGUGUUGCUCCCUGCAACUCAUGGCAGUUAUGUCCUCUAAGAAGUGAUUCCACUUCAAUACCUUGAAUAUUUUGGUUUUUUUUUUUUUGGUGGGGGGGGUGGGUUGG